GUCCCUGAAACCCGGCGGCGCGGCCCUCGUCCCCCUCCCCGCCCCCAGUCCGUCUCCUCGCUCCCGUCAGCCGUCCUCUUCGCCGCCGCCUCUGCUGUUCCUCAGGCGGCCCGGCCCGGCCCGCCCGCCCCGCGUCCCCUCCGGCCGGUGCCUCUCCCCCCGGCGGGCUGCCUGCAUGUCUUUGCUGCCCUCAGCCCCGCCGCCACCGCCGCCGCCGCCUCCCCCGCCGCCGCAGCACCAGCACCAGCAGCAGCCGCCCCGCCGCCGCCGCCGCCGUCGCCGCCCGGACCCCGGCGCGCUGAAUGCAGACUAAUAGGGAUGCCAAAGGAAAAAUAUGAUCCUCCAGAUCCUCGCAGAAUUUAUACCAUCAUGUCAGCAGAGGAGGUAGCCAAUGGGAAAAAAUCUCACUGGGCAGAAUUAGAAAUCUCGGGUAGAGUGCGGAGCUUAAGUACGUCACUUUGGUCAUUGACACACUUGACAGCACUGCACCUAAAUGACAAUUACCUUAGUCGCAUUCCACCUGAUAUUGCCAAGCUUCAUAAUCUGGUUUACCUGGAUCUGUCAUCCAAUAAACUCAGAAGUUUACCAGCAGAACUAGGAAACAUGGUGUCUCUCAGGGAAUUGCUUUUAAAUAACAAUCUGUUACGGGUUUUGCCUUAUGAACUUGGUCGGCUCUUCCAGCUACAAACUCUAGGUUUGAAAGGCAAUCCUUUAUCACAGGAUAUUCUCAAUUUAUACCAGGACCCAGAUGGAACCCGAAAGCUACUGAACUUCAUGCUUGACAAUCUUGCAGUUCAUCCAGAGCAGCUUCCUCCGAGGCCAUGGAUUACAUUAAAAGAACGAGACCAAAUUCUGCCAUCAGCAUCAUUCACGGUUAUGUGUUACAAUGUGUUAUGUGAUAAAUACGCCACCCGGCAGCUAUACGGCUAUUGCCCAUCCUGGGCAUUAAACUGGGAAUACAGGAAAAAGGGAAUUAUGGAAGAAAUUGUUAACUGUGAUGCAGAUAUCAUUAGUCUUCAGGAAGUGGAAACAGAGCAAUACUUCACUCUCUUUCUGCCAGCAUUGAAGGAGCGUGGAUAUGAUGGAUUUUUUUCUCCAAAGUCACGUGCCAAAAUCAUGUCUGAGCAGGAGAGAAAGCAUGUGGACGGUUGUGCAAUAUUCUUCAAAACAGAAAAAUUUACAUUGGUGCAAAAGCAUACAGUGGAAUUCAACCAAGUGGCAAUGGCUAAUUCAGAUGGAUCCGAAGCUAUGCUGAACAGAGUGAUGACAAAAGAUAAUAUUGGUGUCGCUGUGGUAUUAGAGGUCCACAAAGAACUAUUUGGAACAGGUAUGAAGCCUAUUCAUGCUGCAGACAAACAGCUGCUUAUAGUGGCAAAUGCCCACAUGCAUUGGGACCCAGAGUAUUCUGAUGUGAAACUCAUCCAGACCAUGAUGUUUGUCUCAGAGGUUAAAAACAUUCUGGAGAAAGCCUCCAGUAGGCCUGGCAGCCCAACUGCAGAUCCUAAUUCCAUCCCGCUGGUGCUAUGUGCAGAUCUUAACUCAUUGCCAGAUUCAGGUGUCGUGGAAUAUUUGAGCAAUGGAGGAGUAGCUGACAACCAUAAAGACUUCAAGGAACUAAGGUACAAUGAGUGUCUUAUGAACUUCAGCUGCAAUGGGAAGAAUGGAAGCUCAGAAGGGAGAAUCACACAUGGCUUCCAACUGAAGAGCGCCUAUGAAAAUAACUUGAUGCCUUACACCAAUUACACCUUUGAUUUCAAAGGCGUGAUUGACUACAUUUUCUAUUCCAAGACUCAUAUGAACGUGCUUGGUGUCCUGGGGCCUUUAGAUCCUCAAUGGCUGGUUGAGAACAACAUCACUGGGUGUCCACACCCUCACAUCCCUUCAGACCACUUCUCACUGUUAACACAACUUGAACUCCACCCUCCACUUCUGCCUCUUGUCAAUGGUGUUCACUUGCCUAAUCGGAGGUAGUGGAGUACUGCCCCGCAAAGACGGGGGGAUCUGUUGCUAUGGACCUGUACAGUUGUAAAUCAAAGUAUGUAGGAGUGAAGUAUGGCCAUCCUUAAGCUGCUUCUUCAGGUUCCUUUCAUUAUGUGUUUGCUCUAAGAUUUUGUACAUUUUUGUGCAUAUUGGUAUCAUUUGGCACUAGGGCUGGAACCAAAGUAUUACUCUUUCCAAAUUUUUAAUUUAACAUGUUUUUAAAUUGGACCUCCUUCAUAGUAUAUUAGGAGUCAACAUUCAUAAGUAAUAAAUCACCAAUUCAAGGCCCAACAAGCAUGUGUUUUUCCAAAACAAAUAACUUUCUUUUGAAUGGUUUCAAAUGAGCCAACCAUUUUUGUAAAAGACAAUUUUUAAAAACUAAAAAGACGACACUUUAAACUGAAUGAUGGCAUGCCUUACAGGAAAAAUUUCUUGGAUUUCUGUUUUCCAUUAUAACAAAACUGAUUUUUGGCUCCCCUAGUCUUUUGCACAUUAACAAAGCACUUAAAUUUGCUAGAUCUGUACAUAAACUAUGAUACAGCCUUUAACCAUAAUAUGAAAAAUAGAGAAAUUAAAGAUGGUUGCACAAUAUGCUUUUGAAAUCAAACAUUUGACAGCACAUGACAGUUUGUUGGGCAAGUGCUGGUUAUUGUUUUUUUUUUUUUUUUGAGGAAUCACUCUGUAUCUAGUUCCUCUAUUAGUUAUAACCUCAUUAGAAGUAUUAAUUUUAAGCCUUUCUCUCCAGUUUAUUUAUUGGGAAACAGUGGGUAAUUUUUACUGCCACAUAUCUUGAAAAUAGAAUUUGUUAUAUUUAGGAUGCCCACAAAAUUAGUGUCCAGUAUUUUUCAUUAUUCUCAUCCACCUUUUUCUGCCUGGUUGUGCUAGAGAAACAGGUAUUAUAUGAUCUGUAUAAUUUUUGCUGUUAUAGUCAAAUGUUUUAAAAACAAACAACUACUGAAUGAAAAGGCCCUGAUCAAAGUUUUAAAAGGGAAAAGCGAUACAAAUAUCUCAUUUGUUUCCUGAAGUAGGACAAGUGGCUAUUGGUUUUGGCUUUUUGAAGUAACAAUGGAAAGGAUUUGGGGGGGGGGAGAGAACAGGGAGUAGCUGAAAACCUCUGAUCAUUUUUCCUGACUCUAGUUGCCAAAUGGCCAUUAUAUGCUUUUAAUCUUUGUUUCCGUUGUCUGUCAGGGUUGAAUUAAGAAGCUACUGGUUUAUUCCCAACUGUUGAUGCUCUUUAGAAAUGUUGGAAUCCUUUUUUUGCCCAGGAGGGGCCAGUUGAAAAUGUGUGACUCAAGAGGCAGUUAACGUAAUACCGUUUUCUGGGGGAAAAAUUGGUUGGCUACUUGAUGUUAAUUAUGGCACAGUUAACAGGAAAAGGUUGUGUCUGUGUUUUUAAGUUUUUCUUUAUUCUGCUUUUUUGCUGCUAUAAGAGUUUUCUGAAAUUUAUAUUUUAAACUUUUCAUGCACUUUACUGUUUCUAGUCUCAAAAUGUGAUAUUUUUAAUAAACAAGAAAUUUUCCAUUAUGUGAAUGAAAUUUUAAAAGAAAAUAGCCUAUAUUUGUGUCUCACUAAUAUAUAAAGUACAGGUCAAAUUUAAAUUAUUUAAUUAGUUUUAAAUAUAUACAAUUUGCCUCUUCUUUCAAACCUAACAUCUUAGGCUGUUUUAUUAGUCUUAAAUGAUGCAUUUCCUUUGGUCAUUUUAUACUAAUUUCUUCCAUAGUAAAUUAAUCAGGCUAUAUAAGAUAAUAUUUCCCCAGAAGGAUAAUUUUAGUGGGACGAGGGUGGUGGGAUGAUGUAAUGUCAUAAUGGGAUUGCAUCAGAAGGGUUCUGUAAAGCCUAAAACUCCCUUUUAAAAGUGCCUAGUGAUAGAGGCGUUGUUUGUCAUCUAUUAUAAUUGGAAUGUCAUUGUCGUUGAGUGAAGUUUGAUGUAAAUAAAAUAUUCUUUUAAAAAUGGUAAAGUACCAGAAUAAACAAACAAAUAAACAACCCUUAAGGUGACAGAUUUUCCUCAAUGUGCAGGUAUCCCUUCUUAUAUACCUCAAACAUUCAACAUCUAGCCAUGCAAAUUAAUUACCUGAACCAUAGUACUGGAAAGUAGAAUAGCAUGAAAAACUUAAUUUUGUGGACAUUACCUUUUUUUGUAAUCAGCUACUGUAUGUUUUAUUUGAAAUCUUUUGUUUUGGGUGGGUUUUCUGCUCUGGAGGUAUAUGCACUAACAAAACAUUUUCCUCCUUUCAUAUACGCAUGUUAAUUAGCAAUGUGAGCAAUAUUUCCUACCAUACUUCACUCCCAAUAUUUUUUGAGAUGUUUGUAUAAAAUGGAAUUUAAAGUUCACUUAUGAUUGUAUAUGAACCACAGAGGAGCCCAUUUAUUAAUAAAAAACUUUUUUAAUAGUUAAAUGUAGAGGGGAAAAAAUAAAAAAAAUUGGGAAACAUUGUAAACAGCUUAAGUUUAUUUUGUGUAUGAUCGAGGCACUCUGUUGCAGGAAGGUGUGUAAUUGGGUUCUCUCUGCUUCCAAAUGCACUCUUUCAAACCAUUCAUUAUCCUGUGUAUUUUUAAUGUGGUUUUAGUAAAUGUUGGUAGUAGCUCUGUUGAAGUAGGUAAUUGUGUUAUGUUUUGGGUGGCACACACACUUGGGGCAUGGUAACCCAAAUUUCAUGUGCACGGUUUCCCUUUAGCCCACUGCCCAAAUUUCACACACCUUUCACCCUUUGUUCCCUUUGUAAAAGGAGUGGUAUCUGUUUUGAGCUGCCAAUUCAGAUGAUCAGAAAUGCUGCUCUCCUCAGUAUUGUCUUGUUAAAACGCAUGCCAUUUGGAACUUUGGCAGUGAGAAGCCAAAAGGAAGAGGUGAAUGACAUACGGUAUAUAGUCAAUGAAAGUAAAUAUUUAUGCUUAUAUACUUUCUAGUUCUCAGAAUAAGUUUAAUAAGCUUUAUGCCAUAGGGCUGCUGCAUAUUUUAUCUGAAGUUAAGAGAAAAUUUGGGCAUUUUUAGGUUGUGAUAAUGUGGUUUUUUUUUUUAACUGUUAAAUAUGAUUUCUGGUACUUGUGUAAGAACUGGAGUGUUCUUUAAAUUUAUUAAAACAGUGUUGUUUGAGGAAGGGAAAACUGCACUGUUUGCUAUUACAGCAGUCAUACAAGUGCAUGUCAAGUCACCCACUCUCUCAGGCAUCAGUAUCCGCCUCAUAGCUUUACACAUUUUGAUGGGGAAUAUUGCAGCAUCCUCAGGACUGACAUCUGGGAAAGGCUCAAAUCCACUUACUGCUCCUUGCUUGUUGACUUUGUUUUAAAAUAUUGUGCCUGGUGUCAACUUUUAAGCAACAGCACUGCCUAAAAGCAAGCAGAGAACAGAAUCCCAGCACCAUUCUAUAGGCAACUUUUUAGAAUUCAGAUAAUAGUAAAUCUGUUCAAGAUUUAUGAUGUUUUAUGUAAAAAAAAUUUUGUACAACGUAGCUGAAUAUUUUUGUUUCAUUUCUUUGAUGUAAGGCGUGUGAACGUUUGUUUGGAUAUCACAUGUAAAAGUCAGGUAAUGGCACAAUGGGUUUUGAGACCAGCUUCCCUUCCCCCCCAUUUGCCUUGUUCCAAGCUCUUUCUUUUCAUAUUACUUUUCUGAUUUUCAUAGGCAGAUAUUUAAUUUUACUAACAAGCAUCCUGUGUGAAUGUAUUAAAGAAGCCACUGUGUUUUAGUGUUGUAGUUUGCAGAAAUAUAAAGCUUCGUUUCUUAUUUGUCCCUAUUAUUUGGUGUGUUAUGGUUAUGUAUUGAAUCACAGAGAAGGGAGAAAGCUGAAAGGAUACCUAAGGCUCGUAUCACUUGAUUCUAUGGUGGGUUGUAUUAGAAUUGGGGAUGUGGCACAUUAAAACUGGAACAUGGGCAAACAUAACUGUGUUCCAUUUUAAAAUUGUAUCUCCUAAGUAUCUGUUGUUAAGUGGGCAAAAAAUUGUUUGUAUUUGCAUUUCCAAGAGUUUCUAAAAAUCACAAAUGCCAUCUAUACUUCCAAAUCAAAUAGCAAGAAGUAGAGAAAGCACAAGACAAAAUAGGUUAAGUAAUGUUCUUUGAUGGAACGAGAGGCAUAUGGUUUUCAUUCCUAAUACAGAGCUAGGUUUUCUAGCAAAUUGAUUGUGUCCCAGUACUUACAGUACUUAUUUGUUUUUAAGUCUUAUAUUCUGAGAGAUUUUAAUAGCUUUGUAAAAUGCACUGACUGAGCAGUAGCUUUGGUCACAGAAAACAUAAUCAGUUUCUGAUACAUUUGGCAGGCCAUAGAAUAAUGGUUAUAUAGCAAGCAGUGACUUUAUGGCACGUUUUCAAAGUAGCACUCAUAUAUACUUAUAUUUUGACAGAAAUGUGAAUUCUCACGUUUAUAAGGUACUCUCCGACCUGCCCUGCCCUUUAAAAAAAAAAAUCAACUUUCUAAUGUGUAAAUGUUUAAUCUUUUCCUUCUGAAUUAUAUCAUGUUUGUAGAACUCUGAGAAUUACAGGUAGACAAAUUAGCUGGGAAAAGUAGAGUAUUUUUCUAAGCCAGGAACUUCAACUAAAGUUUUCAAUUUGUAGACAGAUGAGAACUUUUAUACUUAACGGUUGCUUUGAGUGAUUUUAAUUUUUUUAAGGCAUCAUGAUCACCAAAUUCAAAUUGAAACUUAAGUAAAUUAGUACAUCUUUAACCUGGCUUAUUUACCAAAGUUGUAAUCUGUUUAAGAACAGGAUGCCAAGAGCAUCUUUCAUUUUACAGAAUGAUUUGGAAAUCUGUGUUGUGUAAGUGUCAUCCUAAAGCUUAAGGGUAAGAAGAAAAAAGAAAGCUCUUAUACAUAUACUGCAGGGUGUUCUGAAUAAGAUCCACAAAAAAGAAAACAAAAAAUAGUUCUUUUCAGGAAGGUGGUAAGGGAGAGCAUGCAUGUUUUCUUAUUUUAACCAAAUACCUUCUUUAUGUAAGUUUCUCUGUUGAAUUACUCAAGUCCUACGGCAAGAAGUUAGGGAGAUAUUAGGAAAAACAAGCUUUGUUAAACUACUUAAUAAUUUCUUUUGGCAUAAGUUUGUUUGGGUUAUUCUUGGAACCAAAGGAAAACAAGCAUGUUGGGGCUUUAUUCAACAUACAUUAUGACAUUGAAGUAAUGGAAUGUUUUUAAGUAAAAUAGAUUUUACUUUCAAAGCAUAUGAAAUAAGGACAUUUCUGCCUAUUAAAUGUUCAUUUUUUAUGGCACUUAGUAUAAACUCAGUAGCAUUGUCCCAAAAUUAGAAAUUGUGUUAUCAGAAACCAUAAAUCACAUUUUGAAAAGGGUAUGUAAAUGCCAAAUGAUAUGACUCUUUUGGGCAUAGUAGCUUGGUACGUGCAGCUUUCAGAGACUUUAAGAAGGCAUAGUUUGGCACCUAUUAGUAGUACUUUUUGUUACAACAAUCUCUCCAGAUUUAGAUAAUUUUCCUACUUGUAUAUCUGUCACUUUUAAAUCUAAAAGCAUACGAAUCAUGAUAACCCUCAGAAGUGGUCCUUUCUUGCUCGUUUCAGCUUUGUGUUAAUUUCUAGUUACAUGACAUAACUGUAUUUUCUUUGACGCUAUCAAUGGUUAUAUGUACCACAUUUGUUUAAUUAUCUUAACUCACACAAUUGGCUCAGCGUUGAUGUGUCAAACAAUGGCUUUGCUUCUUAACAGGCUUAGUUUCCUACUACUUGUUUCAGUCUUGAUACAAUAAGUGAUGCAGUAGUCUGGGUGUGUAUGUAUUGAGAAGCUGUACUGUUCUUUCUCUGCUUAACUUACUAAAAAUAUAUUCCCUUACCUGUGAAAUUCCUGAGCGGUGCUCUGCCAACUUUUUUUGGGGGGGGUGGGGAGGAGUUUGGAUGGCUGUAUUACUGCACACUGGAUCUGGAAUUGUUCAGUGUUGUGAGUGGCAAAUUUCUUAAACACCAGCAGCACUGAGAAGUGCACUAUGGGCAUUCGUACAGUUGUCCAAAUGCAAGCAUUUCUUUCAUCUAGGAGAAGUUGAGAAAUAGCGUUCAUUGGAGUACUUGGAAUAUUUUGAGGAGGAUGAGCAUUUCAAACUUUGGCUUUUUUUUUUUUUUUUAACCUCUGGAUGUGGGGUGGUAUGGAGGGAGGUGUUUUUUGUUUUUUUAAGAGAAAGAGUGUGUCUGUACCUUCUCUUUCAUAAAGGCCAGGGUGUUGGUCAUAUUCACUAUGGUUCUAUUGUGAUUUCUUUCAACCAUAAAAGAAGUGCCAACUGAAUGUCCAUGAGAUGAUCUACUCUUCAACUCAAUUUACCAUUUGAAUAGGGAAGGGUUCAUUUAUUUUCAUUAUUUGGCAUUAAAUUAAUAAUUCAUUGUUUUGCAUACAUUUGAGUUAUUCUGUGGCCUAUAAAGUGUUUUUGUAACUAAUGUAAUGGUUGGAAAGCAAAACACUUCAGUUUAAAACUUAGCAAGAUAUUUUGGUAAUUUUUCCCCUGAAUACGUGGGAAUUUCUAUUGAUACUAUUCCAGAACAAAUUCUCCUGUUUCAGGUUGUAUAUUUACUUUGUGUUCAUCCUAAGAAAAAGCCAAGCACUAAAUCAAUUUGUUAACUGUGUUCCAGUAAUCAGUUUAAAAUCUAAUAUUUUCUUUUUCUUUCUUUUUUUCAUUCAUUCUCUUUUUAAUUAGAAGACGUGAUGAAGUGCCAUGUAAUUGUAGCUUACUAGUGUUUAAUGUUUAAUAGACUGGUUCUGUGGUGGUUUAAUCAUUUAACUCUCUGUCAUCCUUGGAGAAGGUGGUUCUGCCCUUAACUGAACACAUUCUCUCUGACAAAAUCACCAGCUGCUUUAUUUUUCUAUUUAUUACAUUUAAACAGUUGAUGAGGUCUGAAACUUGACCAAACUGCUCAGCUGAGAUGUUUUUCACAAUAGACACUGUACAAAAUGUGCGUGCAAAAGGACACAGUUGGGUGGUAGUAUUUUUUCAUUAAUGUGAACAUUGACUAAACAAAGCAGUCCUGCCUUUUAAAUCUUGUGGCAGCUCAGAAGGGAGGUGCUUAAGAACCUUAACUACUAUGUCAGAUGACAAAAUAUUUUUUCCAUUUUGGAGAUUGGGUACUGCUCACACAUGAUGUAUAGGGCUAAAUAUAUGCUUGUUUCCUUGCACCUGUGUACUUCCUCUUCUCUCCCUCCCUUUCCUUCCCCUGUAGGCAAUAAAUGGCCAUUUUGCAACUGCA